GCCGUCGCCGCCGCCGCUGCUGCUGCUGUCGCCGUUCUGUCAGUGCCAUAUGUACCUCGCGCGGCGUGCACGGUGGUCGAGAUGUGGGUGAAGCCACAGGAGGUGCUGCUCGCCAACGCGUUCUGGAUUACUGAGCAGGCGACUGUAUAUUUUGUUUUGCAACGUCGCAAAGGACAUGGAAAAACGAAAGGGCUUACUUCUAUAUUGGUGGGCACAUUGGACAGCGUUUUCGACACUAAACCACCGCCCUUUAGAAUUCUUCAUCAGACACCGUCGUCGGAAGUUUAUUGGGAGGUGGCGUGUUCCUUGACUCGUGAAGAGAUCUUACAGGAUUGGGAAUGGCUCCAUUCAAAUUUAAUGACUACGCUCACAUCGUUCGAUACUGAGGAAGAGAUAACGGAAUUCGUUUGUUGCAAAAUUCAGUCUAUAAUAGCAAAUAGCAUCCCGGAUUCUCAAUUUGCAGAUGAAGAAGAUCCAGAAUCUUUUAAAACUGUGUCUUUUAAGUUUCACCAAUUAUUCAAUAUACCCAAAGAGGACAAAUUGGUCAAUUAUUAUUCUUGCAGCUAUUGGAAAUCUCGAUUACCUAGACAAGGAUGGCUCUACUUAUCUGUCAAUCAUAUGUGUUUUUAUGCUUAUAUACUGGCAAGAGAGACCAAAUUGAUUGUAAGAUGGACAGAUAUCACGGAAUUGAACAAAACUAAUUCCCUUCUAGUUCCAGACAGUAUACGUAUCGUGACACGUGACAAUAAAGAGCAUUAUUUUUCUAUGUUUUUACAUAAAUCAGAAACAUAUUCAUUAAUGGAGCAACUGACCAAUAUUGCUAUGAAAAGACUUAUCGAUGAAAAAAGUGGAUUUAAUGAGGAUAGAGAUUUACUGAAUAAAUUAAGCAAAAAUGUGCCUAAGAAGCCAUCAUUCUUGAAGAGGGAUCUGGAUGCACGAGCACACUCGGAAGCAUAUAGACUUCAAUUUAGAUUGCCAGGAACCGAGAAAUUAGAUGGUAGUAUCGAUGCAACUUUAUGGACACCAUAUAACAAGAGAUAUGUCUGGGGAAAGAUAUACUUAUCUCAAAAUUAUCUUUGUUUUGAAAGUAGGGUAAGACGACAAGUGAGUUUAGUCAUACCUUUGAGAGAAGUAACACUUGUUGAAUCAGCAGAAAAUCAAUCCAACACAGGAGCAGAUAAGUCAAUAUUAGUUACAACAACGCGGGCAUCGUUUCUAUUCGCUCAAAUACACGACAGAGAUUUCGUGGUUCAGAAAAUCUCCGAGCUCUUAGCAAAGUCUAAGCUUAAUUAUAUAACUAAAGAUAACAUAUGUUCGCCGAAUUCCUCAAAUAACAUCAGCAAUUGCGAAGAAGCGAAACUUACAGAACAAUGGAAGCCUCAGCCACCAUUGAUGGUGCUUUUUAAGGCUCCAUUGACUCCUGAAGCAGCAUUAAAGCAAGAAGCUAAAGAGAAGCAAUGGGAACUCCACUUUGCGGAAUACGGAAGAGGAAUUACAAUGUACAGAACUACGGAAACUGCGAAGCUCGUUAUUCAAGGAAUCCCGCAAUCCCUCAGAGGAGAAGUUUGGCUCACCUUUUCUGGUGCCUUAAAUGAGAAGGCAAUGAAUCCAGACUUAUAUAAAUCAUUAGUCGAACAAUCUCUUGGUAAAUCGUGUCAAGCAAACGAGGAAAUCGAAAGAGAUUUGCAUAGAUCGUUACCGGAGCAUCCAGCUUUCCAGUCUGAUACUGGAAUUAGUGCUCUGCGAAGAGUGCUAUCUGCUUAUGCAUGGCGAAAUCCUCAGAUUGGUUAUUGUCAGGCGAUGAAUAUAGUAGCUUCCGUUCUUCUAAUUUACUGCUCUGAGGAAUCAGCGUUCUGGCAGUUAUGUAAUGUUUGUGAAUCAUUACUGCCCGAUUACUAUGAUCGGAGAGUAGUCGGUGCUCUUGUUGACCAAGGUCUUUUAGAAGAACUGGCUGCCGAACAUUUGCCAGUUUUACAUGCCAAAUUACAAGAACUUGGUUUAAUUAAAGUUAUCUCGUUAUCUUGGUUUUUAACUAUAUUUUUGAGCGUCAUGCCAACCAGCAGUGCUGUGAAUAUUAUGGACUGUUUCUUCUACGAUGGGGCAAAAGUUAUUUUUCAGAUAGCAUUGACAGUGUUGGAAUGGAAUCAAGAUAAGUUACUCAAUUGUCGCGAUGAUGGAGAAGCUAUGCAAUUGCUAACAGAUUAUCUUGGUGGCGUUUAUAACGAUGAAGGUCCAAUAUUUCCUAGACCAGUUGAUAGCACAUCCCCUAAUAAGAGUAUAUCUGUUCAAACCUUAAUCUAUGAGGCGUACUUGAGGUAUGGAUCUUUGACAAUUGGUUGGAUAGAAAGAUUGCGUCUAAAGCACAGACUGAGGGUAGUUCAAAGUCUCGAGGAUGGAAUUGAGAAGAAUGUAAUCAGAAGCGUAGUCGUUGAUAAAUAUAUGAAAAUAGAGGAAUUGCAGGAACUAUUAAGCUUAGUAAGAGAGGAAUUAAUGAGUCAACGAAAAUCCGAACCCGACCGCUAUGAUCCAACCCAACCACCAUAUGAAGCGUAUAAAGUAGAUUUUGAUUUAUUCAGAAUAUUAUUCGGUGGUCUGUCUCCAUGGGGAAAAUGCACUCAGGCUGAAUCUCUUUCCGCUCGAUUAUUCCGUUUGAUGGAUCGUAAUCGCGACGGUUUGCUAAAUUUCCGAGAAUUAGUACAAGCUAUAGGGAUGACUGCGACAGCUGAUUUGACACAAAGAUUAAAAUUAUUGUAUACAUUGCAUUUACCACCACUUCUUACACCUGCCGACUUUGAAUCGCCAACACAUUCAGCAGAUGGAGCCGAAGUAGCAGCAGAAGCUACAGAUUUCUUUGAUAGUAUGGAGCAAAGUGUAGCUUCCUUGGAAAUGCCGAUUAGUGUAGCAGAAGAGCCGACUGUAGGUACACUAUCACGAUCUACGAGCUUGAACAGUCAGCAAGGUGAUCAGUCGUGGGAAGUUCAGAGUAUGGGUAGCUUGCGUUCGAUGAUAGCAUCAAAGGACAGUCCAUUAGAUCUUAAAACCGUGCCAAAAAUGUCGCAAGGACAUUUUAUAGCAUUAUGGAAAACUCUUUACGACAUGUUUCCUGCUCAACCCGAGGAACAGGAAACAUAUCAUUGUAUCGCUUCCAUAGGCACUCUUUUGCUUCAGUUAGGAGAUGUUGGCAAGAAAUUUUAUGUAGAGAGAGAAGAAUCUGAAGAUAGCUUACUUUUAGCUGCUUCUGCAGCUCAACAAGCUUCAACGAUCGAAAGGUCACCCGAUCGUAAUGGAAAUCCAUCGAGUAUAGCAUCAUCUGCUGAUCCCGAUUGGUCGAUAACCAUUGAACAGUUUUUAGCGUCAGCUUUGACUGGUCAGGCAAUAGUAGACUUCUUCAGUAAACGAACCGAUCUUAUGGAAGCUAUAACAACAUUGAAAAAUCGUAGAUUCAAUCGGGUUCAUUCUUUAUCAGACACACCAACUCUGAAUGGAUGACAUACGGUAAUGAAUGUAUAAAGAAUGAUAUAUCUAUUUCUACAUGCAUAGAUAGGUUGGCUUAGAUAAAUUGACGAAGGAGAAGACAGAAAAUUGCUUAAGAGAAAUGUAUAUAUUAUUACUAUCGAAAAACGCAAAUUUUUCGAUUUGAGAAGGUACACAUUUGCAUGGCAAUACGUGUAAUACACUAGUUAUAAGUUCAUUUAUUAUAAUACCACAAAGUCGCAUCAGGAUUUUUCUAAUCAUUAUUUUCUAAAUUUCUGUUGAUAUUUUUUUAUAAAUGAAAUGAUGUAUCAGAAUGAAUGAUAUAUCUUGAGUUAAAGUUGGCUUUAAUAAUAAUAGAUAUUUCCAAUAUAUUCUUUUAGAAGAUAUAUAGAUUCAAUCCUAAUUAUAUAUUCCAAUCUAUUAUAUUAAUAGUUGAAAGAAUAUAUACUUAUGCUUUUUUUAGUUGUAUUUUUUUAGUUGAUUUUCAAAAAUGUUGUAACGUGUAUGACAAGGCAUAUUUAUUAUUUAAUAUGUCGGCCUACCUUAUCAAUCGCUGUAAACAUAUAAUCAUACAACAGAAAAUCAUUCUAAACAGUGCAAUAGUAAAUACUCAGGGUAAAAAUCUGAAACUAAUUUUAUUGCUUUAAAAUUAAUAAUAAAUAAUAUGAAUUCCACAAAUAUCCAAUAUUUGACGCAAUAUAUGAGUAUUUCUAAGAACGGACAUCUAAGGAGAUGACAUUUUCCAUAGUUUGAAAAUAUCAAUUAUUUUUGUUAGAUAUGUCAAACAGUGGCAUAAUACAAUAUGUAGUAACAACAUAGUAUUGGUUCAAUAAUUAUUUACUUAGUCUUAUUAUUUUAUUCUCCCAUUUUAUAAUCAUUUAUAAUCAUUUGUUAAUCAUUGUUAAUCAGUUAAUCAUUGUUAAUCAGUAAAUACAAAUGUUAUAUAUUUCUCAAGUAUUAUUUUCUCAUUAUUAUAAGAGACAAUUGAAAAUGGAAUUGAAUUGAAAAAAUUAUAUAUUCACUUGGAAAUUUAAACAAAGUAUUACAGUUUCUAAUAGAAAUAAAAUUCAUCUGCCAUUGAUUUCGCAUAAAUCAUUGCCUACAUCAAUGCACGACAAAGAAUUAAUUCCAAAAAGCUAAAAUAAAUGCGAAAUACCCCAAAA